AUGACUUCAAUUCCUAUUUGGCAGCUCCCCGAGCUUCGAAACGAAGACGUUCCCACCCCAACAUGGAUGGUAGUCUUCCUAUGUCCGAUGGAGGAGGAAGAGCGGGAUGAAAUCAUGCAAAAACUCAUUACCGUUGAUAAGAACUGGCCUGAUCGUCCCACUGGUGAACCGAGGCGGUUGUUACAAGUUCCUUGGCUGCUUGAUACACCCGCGCACCCGUCAGUUCUAUCUUCUAUCGUGAAGCGAACCGAGAAACCCGACUCGUUGAUUUUCGUGGAUGAGCAGUCGCUGAAAGAUGACAUGGUCAUUCUGGUGAACUAUGACGAAUCGGGAAAGAAUUUUGAGAGCUUACGAGCUCCAAUACAUCGAGCCAAUGUUCUCUUGAGCGCUGCGGCGGAAGGGACUGCACUUGAGGGAAUGCCUCUUCCUGAUGAUUCCGAGGCAAUAACGCAACAAGGGACCAAGUCAUAUGGUGAAACCCCGGUCUUCAUUCUGGAGGAAAUGACAGAAGAAGAGCUCCAGAGAAUCAAGGACUUGUUUCAAGAAAACUACCACUAUGACCUGGACUGGAUAGAUGUCUCCAGCCAACUCGAGAUCCCCGAUAUAGAGUCCCUCCUUGAGUAUUUCGAAUCCGAAGAACACGAGAUGCAAAGCCCACCAUGUUAUUUCCUAGCAGUGGAUCGCACCACUCUGGAAUUCGCCAGAGAACAAGAAGGAAAAAAGUCAGAAAUCGUGAUUUUGGCAUCGCAAGAGGCUGGCGAACUACAGUUCUGCGAUGAGUUAGGAGAUGAGCAUAGCAAAGUCUGCAUGGGAUAUGGUCUAGUGUCACAGAGUGUGGGAGACGCUAUGGAUGCCGUGGUGAAUCUUUCCUUGGCCAAUAUGGACUUUUGUGAAAUAGCCCCCGCGCCUGAGUGUGUGUAUUGGAAAGGAUAUCAGGCUUGGGUGGAUGUGAAUAUGGAUGAUUAUGAGGGCGGGGAUAAGUCGUUUGCGAGUGUUUGGAUCCCUGGAGAAGGACGAGUUGAUAUUGAAAGAUAUUAA